CACACACACACACACACACACACACACACACACGAGUUCAGUAAGAUCAUUGCAUUGACACCACUUCCACUCUGUCUCCCCAGAUCAACGCUUCUAGCGAACCCAUUUGCACUGGGGAUUCAGCCCUCUCUUUUUCCUGGCGAGGCUUAUGAACCUGUCACCAAGCCAGUGCCUCCGAAAGGAGGAAGUGCGGUGGGACUCAAAGGAUACAUGGCGCCCGCCCCCAGCUAGCUGCUCUUCAGAUGAUCUGCAACCAAGUUGGCUGAUAAAAUAUUUAGUAACGACCCAGUAAACAUGACUGCAAAUACAUUAUAAAGCACUUCAGCGCGACGGCUUAUGAUUAUUUCAAAACUUAAAAAGGAGAUCAUAGAUUGUCACUGUUUCUGUACCCCAGCCGGAAACCGAACCUUUCCGAGGUGGGUUGAUGGGUGGGUGAGCUGCUUCGCCUCCACUCUCCUCUCUCCAGCAUAACGCUGAGGCUUUCAGCGGCGGCGGUUUGUUUAUUUAUUUAUUUAGUCGUGUAGUUUAAAGGUGGGGGAGGGGGCGUCAAGGACACGCAGUACCUACCCACAAAGCACAGGCUCAGGUGUGUGUGCUUCUGUGUAUUAACUGGAAAAGACAGACUCUGGAAGUUUUACAGGGCGAGAAGAGGCCACCGGCUCGCGCUUUGUAUACUUUGCACUUGAAAUCGUUACAUUCAACUGAAUAUUUGGCUCAUUCAGAUUCGAAAAGUCUCCUAACAUCAUCGAAUUCCCUCCUCCGCCCCUCCUCUCGGAGGGGGGGUUAGGAAAUGUUUAGUAAAUUGCACAUCUUUGAAUCUUCCUAAAGCAGUGGUCACAAAGCUUAAAGGUGACAUAACAGAGCUCACGUAAACCAACACACUUCCCCCACCCCCCAAGCCAACAAUAAAAUCAUCCCCUUCAAUUUGCCAUGAUCGUCGCGACCAGGAGCCAGGUGAUUAUCCUAAUUAAUGUCUAUCUAAUUAAAUUACUGUCAGCAGCUAACCAAUGGCAGGAGCCGUUUCAUCGGCUGCAUAAGCAGCGAGAUCAAAAGUGAGCCUUUUCUGAUUGCUGCAUAGUGUCAAUUGGCCAAUCUCUUCUCCCAGGGAAAAAAAAAAGUAAAUCAAACCUUUGAGAAGCAUUUGCUGGUUGAAGUGCUUUCUGUCUAGUGAGGGGUCUGUGGAUUCCUAGUUUAUGAUAAACAGGACUUUAAAAACCAGGGACGGGAGGGCGAGCGUUCAGGUUCUAGAGCUAUGCAGCUGGAGCACUGCCUCUCUCCUUCUAUCAUGCUCUCCAAGAAAUUUCUCAAUGUGAGCAGCAGCUACCCACAUUCGGGCGGAUCUGAGCUUGUCUUGCACGAUCAUCCCAUUAUCUCGACCACUGACAACCUGGAGAGAAGUUCACCUUUGAAAAAAAUUACCAGGGGGAUGACGAAUCAGUCAGAUACAGACAAUUUUCCUGACUCCAAGGACUCACCAGGGGACGUCCAGAGAAGUAAACUCUCUCCUGUCUUGGACGGGGUCUCUGAGCUUCGUCACAGUUUCGAUGGCUCUGCUGCAGAUCGUUACCUCCUCUCUCAGUCCAGCCAGCCACAGUCUGCGGCCACUGCUCCCAGUGCCAUGUUCCCGUACCCCGGCCAGCACGGACCGGCGCAUCCCGCCUUCUCCAUCGGCAGCCCCAGUCGCUACAUGGCCCACCACCCGGUUAUCACCAACGGAGCUUACAACAGCCUGCUGUCCAACUCCUCGCCGCAAGGCUACCCCACGGCCGGCUACCCCUACCCACAGCAGUACGGCCACUCCUACCAAGGAGCUCCGUUCUACCAGUUCUCCUCCACCCAGCCCGGGUUGGUGCCGGGCAAGGCGCAGGUAUACCUGUGCAACAGGCCACUUUGGCUGAAAUUUCAUCGGCAUCAAACGGAGAUGAUCAUCACUAAACAGGGAAGGCGCAUGUUUCCCUUUUUGAGUUUUAAUAUUUCUGGUCUCGAUCCCACCGCUCAUUACAAUAUUUUUGUGGAUGUGAUUUUGGCGGAUCCCAAUCACUGGAGGUUUCAAGGAGGCAAAUGGGUUCCUUGUGGCAAAGCGGACACCAAUGUGCAAGGAAACCGGGUCUAUAUGCAUCCGGAUUCCCCCAACACUGGGGCUCACUGGAUGCGGCAAGAAAUCUCUUUUGGAAAAUUAAAACUAACCAACAACAAGGGAGCAUCCAACAACAAUGGGCAGAUGGUGGUUUUACAGUCCCUUCACAAGUACCAGCCCCGUCUGCACGUGGUAGAAGUGAACGAGGACGGCACCGAGGACACCAGCCAGCCUGGCCGUGUCCAGACGUUCACUUUCCCGGAGACUCAGUUCAUCGCUGUCACCGCCUACCAGAACACCGAUAUCACACAACUAAAAAUAGACCACAACCCCUUUGCAAAAGGAUUUCGAGAUAAUUAUGACACGAUCUACACGGGCUGCGACAUGGACCGCCUGACCCCCUCGCCCAACGACUCUCCGCGCUCGCAGAUCGUGCCCGGCGCCCGCUACGCCAUGGCCGGCUCUUUCCUGCAGGACCAGUUCGUGAGCAACUACGCCAAGGCCCGCUUCCACCCGGGCGCCGGCGCGGGCCCGGGCCCGGGGACGGACCGCAGCGUGCCGCACACCAACGGGCUGCUGUCCCCGCAGCAGGCCGAGGACCCGGGCGCGCCGUCGCCGCAGCGCUGGUUCGUGACGCCGGCCAACAACCGGCUGGACUUCGCGGCCUCGGCCUACGACACGGCCACGGACUUCGCGGGCAACGCGGCCACGCUGCUGUCGUACGCGGCGGCCGGCGUCAAGGCGCUGCCGCUGCAGGCCGCGGGCUGCACGGGCCGCCCGCUCGGCUACUACGCCGACCCCUCGGGCUGGGGCGCGCGCAGCCCCCCGCAGUACUGCGGCGCCAAGUCGGGCUCCGUGCUGCCCUGCUGGCCCAACAGCGCCGCGGCCGCCGCGCGCAUGGCCGGCGCCAACCCCUACCUGGGCGAGGAGGCCGAGGGCCUGGCGGCCGAGCGCUCGCCCCUGGCGCCCGCCGCCGCCGCCGCCGCCGAGGACGCCAAGCCCAAGGACCUGUCCGACUCCAGCUGGAUCGAGACGCCCUCCUCCAUCAAGUCCAUCGACUCGAGCGACUCGGGCAUUUACGAGCAGGCCAAGCGGAGGCGGAUCUCGCCCGCCGACACGCCGGUGUCCGAGAGCUCGUCCCCGCUCAAGAGCGAGGUGCUGGCCCAGCGGGACUGCGAGAAGAACUGCGCCAAGGACAUAGGCGGCUACUACGGCUUCUACUCGCACAGCUAGGCCGCCCGGCCCGCGCCCCGCGCCCCCCUAACCUCCCCCA